AUGUUGGUGCUGUUCGAGACGGCCGCCGGCCAUGCGCUGUUCAAGGUGCAAGACGAGACCAAAGUGGCCACUGCCGACGACGUGUACAAGCAGUUUGCGACGUCGGAGAAGGCAACCAAAGUGCUAAAGCUCAAGGGGUUCAACGCGUUCAAAGACACGACCGAAGCUGUGGCGGCCGCAACCGACAUGGUGGACGGCAAGAUGGGCAAAUCGCUGCGCAAGUUGCUGAAGAAGCACGUGGUCGACGCGGGGUUGAAGGACAAGUUGGCCGUGUCGGACAAGGCGCUGGGCGCGCUGAUCAAGGAGAAGCUCAGCAUUGCGUGCGUCAAUGACAGCGCCGUGCACGAGAUCAUGCGCGGCAUUCGGGCGAACAUGGACACGCUCAUCACGGGGCUCGAGGACGACGACCUGAAGGCCAUGACGCUCGGGCUGUCGCACUCGCUGUCGCGCUACAAGCUCAAGUUUAGCGCCGACAAGGUGGACACGAUGAUCGUGCAGGCGAUCGGAUUGCUGGACGAGCUCGACAAGGAGAUCAACACGUACUCGAUGCGCGUGCGCGAGUGGUUUGGCUGGCACUUUCCCGAGAUGGGCAAGAUCGUGACGGACAAUCUGCAGUACGCCAAGUGCGUGCUCAAGAUGGGCGUGCGGUCGCAGGUCAAGAGUCUGGACUUUUCCGAUGUGCUGCCUGAAGACGUGGAGGCCUCGAUGCGCGAGGUGUGCGAGGUGUCCAUGGGCACGGACAUUUCCCAGGAAGACGUGGCCAACAUCUCGGCGCUGUGCGAGCAAGUGAUCUCGCUCACCGAGUACCGUGCGCAGCUCUUUGACUACUUGAAGAACCGCAUGAACGCCAUUGCCCCGAACCUCACGGUCAUGGUGGGGGAGCUCGUCGGCGCGCGUCUGAUUGCCCACGCUGGCAGUCUGAUGAACCUGGCCAAGCACCCGGCCAGUACGGUGCAGAUCCUCGGCGCCGAGAAGGCGCUCUUCCGUGCGCUCAAGACCAAGCACGACACGCCCAAGUACGGGCUCAUCUACCACGCGUCGCUCAUCGGCCAGACGGCGCCGAAGCACAAGGGCAAGAUAUCUCGCGUGCUGGCUGCCAAGACGGCAUUGGCUGUGCGCGUGGAUGCACUGGGCGACGCAACUGAAGCCACGAUUGGCUUUGACAACCGCGCCAAGGUGGAGGCCCGCAUGCGGCAGCUCGAGAACGGCUUCUCGGGCGUCCCCAAUAGCAACGGGAAGGUCAAGAACGAGGCCAAGAAGUAUACGAAGACGGAGACGAGCACGUCGUACAAUGCCGAUGCAGAUAUGACAGUGUCGAGCAAGAAGCGAAAGGCUGAGGAGGAGGCGGGGGAGACGGAGGCGGCGCCAAAGGUGAAGAAGGAGAAGAAGCACAAGAAGAAGAAGGCGACGGAAGUGGAGGAGGACGAAGGCGACAAGAAGGACGACAAGGAGAAGAAGAAGAAGAAGAAGCACAAGAAGAAAAAGGGUGCCGAGGAAUAG